GAUAAGAGAGCAAGGGAAUCCACACAACCCAAGAGAGAAGGAAGGAGGAGAGCAGUCCGCAGGUUCGUUCUUCAGUGCGUAGCUCUGAUUGUUUGAGCCAUAACUUGAGAUUUACUCAUCCAAAUAAGGAGUGCGAGAUACCAACAGAAAGAUCUCAAGACGAGGAAUCCGUGAAGGUCUGGUUUGCAUCAAUCGGAGUAGUGGAAGGCUUCCAAAUCGACCGAGAAAAACACGACCUCGCAGGAUACGUUUUUGUAUUCAAAGUUAGGGAACAAUUUCAUCGGGAAACACCCGUUCUAGGGACUGUUUUUGUGUCUUCGGUUAGGAGUUGGACUAGCACUUUGAAGAGGCGGUUUAACACUCAAUUCCAAGCAAGGAAUCAGUCCUCAAUCUUCCUUGGCCGAGGCUUUGGUCAUUGGAUCGAGAAGGAAAGUUUUAAAGCUCAUUUGAGGUUGAGGCUAGAGUUUGCAUCCUGUGCUCGUUGAUCGAGUGAUUCCUAGGAGAGAAGACUUGGUUCGUGCUUCCUCCGUUCCAUUUGAAACAUAAAUAAAUUUGCUCAUGGAUAUUUUACUAUAGAGCCUGCGUGCUCAUCAAAUGCCUUGUGUGGCCUUCUUGUUUUAAACAAUGUUUUCCGCUGCGUUUUGAAUUACUUAUUAUGUUUGUUUAUGGAUGUAUACGUGUGAAUGAUAUUCAAGACGCCUUGUAUAAUAUGAAUGUGUUGGACUGCGGUUGACUAUUCGUAUUGUACGGCGGAUUGUCGAUGUGUCCGGGGAGGUCCGGGGCGUGACAGUAAGCUCGCUCGUUUUGGCAAUAAUUUAGGAUCUUGUCGCAUGAGAGAUCAACCUGGACCCCUAAAUUAUUGUACUCUACGCCGCGAGAGCGCCUUCAGAGUUCAAUGCAAAUGGUGUCUCUGUCCCACAAAGUGGUUUUCUUUCACUGGACGUUGUCCAACAACACCUCGAGGGUUUAGCACUCAACCCCAAAACGUCCUCUGAAGAUCCCAAUCUCCUGAUACAUGCUGAAAAUCCCAAACAGAGUUCUAUGAUUGCCAUUCACGAGCCUGAACGUGUCACUCUUCCCACACAUACUGAACAUGAAGAAGCGGUGACUAUAUAUAAUGGCAUGGAUUCUGUUGUGGUAGUCGAUGUCACUGACGAUCAAGAGCACAUGCCUAAACGAAAAGCAGUCCAACCUUGCCGCUAUACCCCUGGAUCCGAUGCUAUCAAAAAGAAUAAAAAAACCAUUACUAUGCCCAAUGCUUUUCCUAUAAGUGCUGAUCCAUUUGCGGGCUUCAAGUCAAUUUCAGAGCGAGUUAACUUCCAAAAAUUCAUCAUGCAAGGCAUUGCGAAAGACCACCGUGAAAACACAAAUGGUGCAAAGUAUAGCCCUGCUACUGACGCCAAUUUUUAUCUAGAUCUAGACCCCGGAAUGGAGAUAGAAUCAAAGACGUGGCUCUACAAGCUCUAUCAAUCAGGGCAGUGCCUCGAUUCAACUCAUAUAAUCGUGAUAAUGUUUUACCUCCGCAUGAAGGCUGCCUCCUUAAACUAUACUCAAAAGUUGUCAACUGCUGAGCCGACGUUUGCAAGCCAUCUCAACACAUUAUUUGAUGCAUACGCCACAGGCUUCACUAAUCCAACAAAAUCAGCGUACGACGGGUUCUUCGAGGACAACGUAGAUGGUGAUCCAACUAUGUAUCUGUUACCAUGGUUGGCAUCUGACUACGUCUACAUUCCCCUUAAUAUGCCCAACACGCAUUGGUUGUUAGUAGUGUUGGAUGUUCGUGACCGUAUCUUACGUGUGUAUGAUUCUAAUAACAGAAGAUAUGCCCCGACCAAAAAGUUUUUACACGAGUUGCGAGGCAUGAUUAAUUAUCUUCCGAUACUAUUAUCAAUUAAGCAAUCUGUCUCUAACACUAGUGUGACUUCACAAAUUUCCCCUUAUGAUAUUGAGAUGGUUCGCGGUGUCCCUCAACAAGUGAACAGUGGCGAUUGCGGUGUCUUUUUGCUGAAGCUGGCUGAAUUACUUCAAAUGGGCAUCAAUAUAAGUUCUUUGCUACCUAUGAAGAUUCCUGACUAUCGCGCAAAAUGGGCUCAUGAUCUCUUCACUUAUGGUUCAGAACGGGCUAGACGCAAAUACAUUUAGAACUAUACUUAUUAAUGACUUGUUUUUGUUUGCAAUGAAGAUCAAGAAUUUUUGUUUAUUUCCCUAGAUUCGUACUAGUGCUAUUCUUGAUACUUUUGCAAGAAUAUGUUUUUAUAUAUAUUAAGUAUUGCUGGUCUGCUACUAUUUCAAAGGCAAUUUAAGAUGAAUAAAAUUCAUGCAGUUCAAAUACCAA